AAUAUGGCUUUCUUCCCAGCAAAUUUCAUGUUACAAACCCCACAUCAUCAUCACCAAGAUGAACAUCAACCUCCACCAUCACUCAACUCAAUCCUAACUUCAUGUGCACCUCAAGAGUACCACCACGGAGCAGGAGGAGGAGGGUAUCUAGGGAAAAGAUCGAUGUCAUUCUCAGGGAUAGAGGUGGGAGAAGUGGAAGGGAAUGGAGGAGAGGAAGAGGUGUCAGAUGAUGGAUCACAGGCAGGGGAGAAGAAGAGGAGGCUGAACAUGGAGCAAGUGAAGACACUUGAGAAGAGCUUUGAGUUGGGGAACAAGCUUGAACCAGAGAGGAAAAUGCAGCUUGCAAGGGCUCUAGGCCUUCAACCUAGACAGAUUGCUAUUUGGUUCCAAAACAGAAGAGCCAGAUGGAAGACCAAGCAAUUGGAGAAGGAUUAUGAUCUUCUUAAGCGCCAGUUUGAUGCUGUUAAAGCUGAUAAUGAUGCUCUUCAAGCCCAGAAUCACAAGCUUCACACUCAGAUAAUGGCACUGAAAAGUAGAGAACCAACAGAAUCAAUAAACCUAAACAAAGAGACAGAGGGAUCAAGCAGCAACAGGAGUGACAACACUUCAGAUAUCAAGUUGGAUAUAUCAACAAGGACACCUACUACUACUACUACUACUUCAGCCAUUGACAGUCCUCUAUCCACUCAUCAAAACAACAACAAUAACAGCAGAACACUGUUUCCAUCACCAUCAAAUAAUGCUGCUGCUGCUGCUGCCACUGCCAGGCCAACAGAAGUUGCACAGCUUUUUCAAACCACUCCACAUCAUCAUCAUCAUCAUCAUCAUCACAUGGUCAAAGAAGAGAGCUUGAGCAACAUGUUCUGUGCCAUUGAUGACCAAACUGGCCUCUGGCCAUGGUUAGAGCAUCAAAAUUUCAAUUGAGAAAGAGAGAGAGUGGAUCAUGAAAUCAUGACUGAAAGGGGUGCUAGCUGUUGAUAGAUCAAUUUGCCAUGCUGGUUAGUCAUCAGUUUCUUGGAUUAAACCCCAUGUUUUGGAAAACUUGAUGCAUUGCAUAAACAAGGAGACUAUAUUAUUAUCAUGAUGAUCAAGUAGGAUUUUUUUGCGAUUGGGCUAGACAAAUUUUUGUAUAAAAGGAAUAAAGGGCUAGUCACCUUUUUUCUUUUCUUUUUUUAUUUCACUCAAUCAACUGAAUCAGUUUUCUUCAAAACUUUCAGAGUUAAUGACAAGAUUUCCAAC